AACGAGCCGGAGCCCAAGCCGAACCCGGAAGCACUCUUGACAAAGCUCCAAACCCUUGACGAGACGGCGUUGACUGAGAUUCUGAAGCAAGGAAUCAAUGCCAGGCAGUGCGUUCUCAAGGCAAAGAAGGUGCUUUUCAUUCCGGCUGGAUGGUUGGUGGUGGAGGCUGCUGUGCCCCAAGGGGAGCACAUCUACGGGCUUCGCAAGAAUGUGUUUCUGAAGUCCAGCGCAAACAAGUAUGAAGAGGGCAUCAAGAUCACCCAGGCAUCCGGCAACUCCGAGUCUGCCUGUGAGCGAAUGCGCAAAGUUCUGGAGAUCUUGAAGAAGUGA